UAAGAAGGCUACGCUAUGACCGGCGACUCAAACCUUCGGCUCCGAGGCUCGCGGUCGGCCGUAGCCGGUACUAUACCAAUAACAUAUGCACAUUUAAAUACUUUAUUUUCUUCAAAUAAAACUACUUGUGUUGAGUGAAAGAAAAUAAAGAAAUAAAUUAAAAUGCCUGCCGACUCAGACCUAAUUGUACCUAAUGGAGAAAUUAUUGGCGUGGAGAAGGACAGCUACAAAACUCUUGCUGUAAGAUCCAAUCAUGAAGAUUUUAUUAGAAGAGCAGUAGACUUGUUGGUGGAACGAGUAGUCUUCGGAAGGUCUUCCAGAACUUCCAAAGUGGUGGAAUGGGCCUCCCCUGAUGAAAUCAAGAAAGCGAUAGAUCUGAAGCCAAGAGACUCGCCUGUGGCUCAUGAAGAGCUCCUCAAACUUAUGGCCGAUGUUGCUCGCUACUCUGUCAACACAGGACAUCCCUACUUCGUUAACCAACUGUUUUCGAGCGUCGAUCCUUACGGUCUGGUUGGGCAAUGGUUGACCGAUGCCUUGAACCCCAGCGUGUACACCUUCGAAGUGGCACCAGUCUUCACUCUGAUGGAAGAAGAGGUUCUUCGGGAAAUGAGGGCGAUAGUCGGAUGGGCUGGCGGCGAUGGAGAUGGAAUCUUCUGUCCUGGAGGCUCCCUCGCCAAUGGAUACGCUAUCAGCUGUGCUCGCUAUUAUUUUUAUCCAGAAAUUAAGACCAAAGGCGUGUACGCAGUACCACGGCUCGUGCUCUUCACGUCAGAGCUAGCUCAUUAUUCCACGAAAAAACUGGCCACAUUCAUGGGCAUUGGCGAAGACAACUGCAUCAUGGUGAAAACUGAUAUCAAUGGAAAGAUUAUCGUUGAAGAUUUAGAGUUGAAAAUCGCUUGCGCUAUUGAGGAUGGAGCUAGUCCUUUCCUGGUCACGGCUACAGCUGGUACUACUGUGUAUGGAGCCUUUGAUCCCCUGGUGGAAAUUGCUGCAGUGUGCAAGAAGUACAAUUUGUGGCUGCACGUUGAUGCCGCGUGGGGCGGCGGCGCCUUAAUGUCCAAAAAGCACAGACAUCUCCUUAAUGGAAUUGAGCUGGCGGACUCGGUGACGUGGAACCCUCACAAGCUCUUGGCGGCGCCACAACAGUGCUCCACCUUCCUAAUUAAACACAAGAAUGUCCUCAAAGAUUGUCAUUCAAGCAACGCCAAGUACCUCUUCCAGAAGGACAAAUUUUACGACACAUCUUACGACACGGGAGACAAACAUAUACAGUGCGGAAGGAGGGCUGAUGUUCUCAAAUUCUGGUUCAUGUGGAAAGCUAAAGGAUCCGAAGGUUUUGAGAAGCAUAUUGAUACAUUGUUCGAUAACGCCAGGUUCUUCACCGACCACAUUCGGCAGAGAGAAGGUUUCCAACUUGUCAUAGAGAAGCCAGAGUGCACAAAUAUCAUGUUUUGGUACAUACCCCGUUCUCUCCGUGGUCGCGAGAACGAACCCGACUACAAAGAAAGGCUGCACAAGGUCGCCCCCAAAAUAAAAGAGCGAAUGAUAAAGGAAGGAAGCAUGAUGGUCACUUACCAACCUCAAGGUGACCUCGUCAACUUCUUCCGUAUAGUUUUUCAAAACUCAGCUCUAGACCACAAAGAUAUGGUCUAUUUUGCGAACGAGAUUGACAGACUCGGAAAAGAUUUGAUAGUUUAAAUAUUAUAUUUUAUUAAUAUUUAAUUUUAUAAUUAAGUGUAAAACUGUACAAAUGUCAGUUGACCUGUGAUUAUUUUAAGAAUUAUACCUACAUACGAAUUGAAUUUAUAAACGUAUAUUUAAUGUAUAUGUGUAAGUUCUCGUGAUUAUUGUGAUUUAUUGUAAAUAAGUUAUAUAAUAUAUUAUUUAGAAUAUAAAAUAUAAUGGUAUUUUUAAGUAACCUGCUUUCUUUAAUUAUUUUU